GCUGUCCAUCGCUGGUACACAGAAUCCCAGCAGCCCUUAACACUGAAUGCCAGCACUCUAACAGCCCUCUUGCAGACGGUAGAUUUGGGAUGUAGAAGGUUAAUGAACUUAGCUAUGGUUACUCCAUGAGCACACACGUUAGCACCACACACCUUUGAAAGAAUGACUUACAGUUAUUAGCGAGUGUGUAAUGACAGAAGCUCAUGUCAGAGGACAGGUUGUGGGAGCCAGCUCUCUCCUUCCAUGUGGGUCUUAGGAUUAAUCUCAGGUCAUCAGGCUUGGCAGCAAGCACCCUUACCUGCCGAACCAUCACAGCCCAGCACCAAACUCUGAACACAGGAGAUUUGUCUUUGAUGCUGCUGGGAGCCAAUACCCUUCUUGGCUAUGUUUCCCAGGAUGGGAGUGAACAUCUGGGGGAUGCCCAGGAUGAAGUCUGUACCAUUUCCUAGAAAAAAGGAGGAGAAAAUGGCCCAAUUGCAGGAGAUGGUGACGUUCAGGGACGUGGCUGUGGUCUUCAGCGAGGAGGAGCUGGGGCUGCUGGACGCUGCCCAGAGGAAGCUGUACCGUGAUGUUAUGUUGGAGACCUUCAGGAUGCUGCUCUCAGUGGCACACCAGCCGUUCACACCAGGCCUGAUAGCCCAGCUGGAAAAUGAAGAGGAGCUCUGCAUGGUGGAGGCCCAAGGAGGUGAGAUCUCAGGAAGCCAUGGUGGACGUGCUGUGGAGAAUGAUGAAGACAUGGAGUUAAGCUCCCUUUGUCCCAGAGAGCUCUCCUCCUGUCAGAUCUGGCCACAGGGUGCAGGCGUGUUACCCGGGGAUCAGGAUUCCAUGAAAAGAUGUCUAAAGAGCAACACUGAGUCUCAGAACCAAGGAGAUUCUUCCUUCCUGGUGUGCGCAGGGAGGCUGGUUCAGAUUUCUGAGGAUGGGAACUACGUGUUGCCUCCUGUAGAUGAUGACUCUGCCUCUCUGAGAAGUCAAGAGUUUCCUUCACUGAGAGCCCAGCAGUCUUGGCAGGAAUCACAUCUCAGUGGGUCAUGUAAUCGUCAAUGGAAAGAUCACCAAAUGCCCAUGAGAAAUCAUUUCCGUGGAUGUGACAGCGUCAGUUGGUUCUCAUACCACAGUGACAAUGAGGGGUUACACAGAAAGGGGGAAAGCUAUAGUUUCCAUGACCUCAGAGAAGAGACCAUGAAGGUAUCUUCACUUAAGCAGGACUUGAUUAAAUUAGGGCCCGUGCCCUGCCCAUGUAGUGAGUAUAGAAAAGCCUGUGACCAUGGUGACAGCAAUGAGCCCGGCUCUCACACACAUCAGCAGUUCAGCUCAAGAGGGAAGCCCUGUCCAUGCAGUUCACAUGGAGAGGGUUGUCAGGACAGGUCAGCUCUUCACAUCCAUCAGAGUGUGGAAACUGGAGAUGAAGGUGCAGCUGAGAGUUCUCUUCUGUGGUCCCCUCUGAGACUGUGUACAGAGCAAAUGCUGUGCCAGGGCAGUGAGAAUACCCAUCAUGCCUCCCCUCUCAACACUCGUGGAUGUGUCCACCUGGGCGACACCUCCCAGAAGAGCGGCAUUCCUGGGAAAGCUUUGCCUUGUUGUUUACAGUAUAAUAGUAAUUUUAGGGUCCACACUAGGGGAGAGCCCAACAAGUGUGAGGAGAAUGGGAAUGUUUCUAGUCAGAGUUUAUAUCUUCAAGCUAAUCAGGAAAUCCACGCUGAAGAGAAACUGUAUCCAGGUGUGGAGUGUAGAAAAGAUUUCACACAUUGCUCAAAUUUUAAUACUGAGCACAGAGUUCACAUGGAAGAGACUGUCUAUAACUCUGAGUGUGGUGACCACUUCAGUCUACCCCCACAUUUCCAGGACUUUUCUGCAAUGUACCCCAGGGAACAACCACAUAAACAUGCAUGCAGUACAAGCUUCGACCAAAAAUUGUGUAUUUCAAGCCAUCAACAACUUGACGUCAUUGAGAAACCUACUUAUAAAGAGAGUGGGAAUGGUUCUAACUGGAGUCCUAGUCCCCAAGAUCAGCAGAAACCUAAGCCACACAAAUGCAACACCUGUGGGAAAUGCUUCAGUGACAGAUGGGUUCUUACCAUUCACCAGAGAGUCCACACAGGAGAGAAACCAUAUCAAUGUAAGGAGUGUGGGAAGUGCUUCAGUCAGAGUGCCUACCUACACUCCCACCGGAGAGUUCACACUGGAGAGAAACCAUACAAGUGUGAGGAGUGUGGGAAGGCCUUCAGUCGGAGUUUCUACCUGCAAGGCCAUCAGAGAAGUCACACUGGGGAGAAACCAUAUAAGUGUGAGGAGUGUGGGAAGAGCUUUAGUCGAAAUUCCUACCUGCAAGACCACCAGAAAGUUCACACUGGGGAGAAACCAUAUAAGUGUGAGCAGUGUGGGAAGGGCUUCAGUCGGAGUUCCAACCUUCAAGGUCACCGGAGAGUUCAUACUGGAGAGAAACCAUACAAGUGUGAGGAGUGUGGGAAGGGUUUCAGAUGGAACUGUAAUCUUCAAAUUCAUCAGCGGGUUCACACAGGAGAAAAGCCCUAUAAAUGUGGAAAAUGUGGCAAAGGCUUUAGUAAGGCCUCAACUCUCCUGGUCCACGAGAGAGUCCACAUGGGAGAGAAGCCUUACCAGUGUCUCGAGUGUGGGAAGGCCUACAAUAGGUAUUCUAAUCUCCAGAUACAUCACAGAAUCCAUACUGGGGAGAAGCCAUUUAAAUGUGAGGUGUGUGGGAAAGGUUUCACCCAGAAGUCAAAUCUUCAAUCUCAUCAGCUUGUCCAUACGGGAAGGAAACCCUACAAGUGUGACACAUGUGGUAAGGGAUUCAGCAGGAAUUCAGGUCUUCUGAUGCAUCAGAAAGUCCAUAGCAGUGAUAGUUUCUGUAGGAGGGAAGAGUACAGGAAUGGUUCCCAUCCUUCUGAGAACCUAUGCAGAGAUGAAGGCCUGUCAAAUUCUGUUUUGUUAAUAUGGGGGCACCUGGAUCUCACCUGGCCAAGCUUGUAUUUUCCCUCUCUCAUGGCGUCUAUCAUCCUGUCCUGUCUUCAAAGGUCUGUACCAUUUCCUAGAAAAAAGGAGGAGAAAAUGGCCCAAUUGCAGGAGAUGGUGACGUUCAGGGACGUGGCUGUGGUCUUCAGCGAGGAGGAGCUGGGGCUGCUGGACGCUGCCCAGAGGAAGCUGUACCGUGAUGUGAUGCUGGAGACCUUCAGGAUGCUGCUCUCAGUGGCACACCAGCCUUUCACACUAGGUCUGAUAGCCCAGCUGGAGAAUGAAGAGGAGCUCUGCAUGGUGGAGGCCCAAGGAGGAAGCCAUGGUGGACAUGCUGUGGAGAAUGAUGAAGACAUGGAGUUAAGCUCCCUUUGUCCCAGAGAGCUCUCCUCCUGUCAGACCUGGCCACAGGGUGCAGGCGUGUUACCCGGGGAUCAGGAUUUCAUGAAAAGAUGUCUAAAGAGCAACACUGAGUCUCAGAACCAGGGAGAUUCUUCCUUCCUGGUGUGCGCAGGGAGGCUGGUUCAGAUUUCUGAGGAUGGGAACUACGUGUUGCCUCCUGUAGAUGAUGACUCUGCCUCUCUGAGAAGUCAAGAGUUUCCUUCACUGAGAGCCCAGCAGUCUUGGCAGGAAUCACAUCUCAGUGGGUCAUGUAAUCGUCAAUGGAAAGAUCACCAAAUGCCUAGGAAUGUUUCUAGUCAGAGUUUAUUUCUUCAAGCUACUCAGGAAAUCCACUCUGAAGAGAAACUAUAUCUAGGUGUGCAGUGUAGAAAAGAUUUCACACAUUGCUCAAAUUUUAAUACUGAGCACAGAGUUCACAUGGAAGAGACUGUCUAUAACUCUGAGUGUGGUGAGCACUUUAGUCUGCCCCCACAUUUCCAGGACUUUUCUGCAAUGUACCCCAGGGAACAACCACAUAAACAUGCAUGCAGUACAAGCUUCGGCCAAAAAUUGUGUAUUUCAAGCCAUCAACAACUUGAUGUCAUUGAGAAACCUACUUAUAAAGAGAGUGGGAAUGGCUGUAACUGGAGUUCCAGCCCCCAAGAUCAGCAGAAACCUAAGCCACACAAAUGCAACACCUGUGGGAAAUGCUUCAGUGACAGAUGGGUUCUUACCAUUCACCAGAGAGUCCACACAGGAGAGAAACCAUAUCAAUGUAAGGAGUGUGGGAAGUGCUUCAGUCAGAGUGCCUACCUACACUCCCACCGGAGAGUUCACACUGGAGAGAAACCAUACAAGUGUGAGGAGUGUGGGAAGGCCUUCAGUCGGAGUUUCUACCUGCAAGGCCACCAGAGAAGUCACACUGGGGAGAAACCAUAUAAGUGUGAGGAGUGUGGGAAGAGCUUCAGUCGAAAUUCCUACCUACAAGACCACCAGAAACUUCACACUGGGGAGAAACCAUACAAGUGUGAGCAGUGUGGGAAGGGCUUCAAUCGGAGUUCAAACCUUCAAAGUCACCGGAGAAUUCAUACUGGAGACAAACCGUAUAAGUGUGAGGAAUGUGGAAAAGGCUUCAGAUGGAACUGUAAUCUUCAAAUUCAUCAGCGGGUUCACACAGGAGAAAAGCCCUAUAAAUGUGGAAAAUGUGGCAAAGGCUUCAGAUGGAACUGUAAUCUUCAAAUUCAUGAGCGGGUUCACACAGGAGAAAAACCCUAUAAAUGUGAAAAAUGUGGCAAAGGCUUUAGUAUCGCCGCAAGUCUCCUGGUCCAUGAGAGAGUCCACAUGGGAGAGAAGCCUUACCAGUGUGUUGAGUGUGGAAAGGCCUACAAUAGGUAUUACAAUCUCCAGAUACAUCACAGAAUCCAUACUGGGGAGAAGCCAUUUAAAUGUGAGGUGUGUGGGAAAGGUUUCACCCAGAAGUCAAAUCUUCAAUCUCAUCAGCUUGUCCAUACGGGAAGGAAACACUACAAGUGUGACACAUGUGGUAAGGGAUUCAGCAGGAAUUCAGGUCUUCUGAUGCAUCAGAAAGUCCAUAGCAGUGAUAGUUUCUGUAGGAGGGAAGAGUACAGGAAUGGUUCCCAUCCUUCUGAGAACCUAUGCAGAGAUGAAGGCCUGUCAAAUACUGUUCUUUUUUGUUAAUGAAAAGCAGUGUUUAUACCUAACAUGAAUGCCAGUGGUUGUUGGGAAAUAGCACAGAGUAGAGAUCCAUGAAGUGUUUGCCAAAAUCCCAACAAGCUCUUGUAGAGGAUCAAGAACUUAUCAUCAUGUCAGCAGGCAUUAGCAAAAGUUUGAUUAUAUGUGGAAGUUUCAUUUCUCAGAGCCAACUGAUCUCUAAUAUCUGGACCCAGAAGCUGCUUCCCAAAUUACCAUGCAGAGGCUUAAUAUUACUUAAAAAUACUCGACUAAUAGCUCAGGCUUAUUAUUAACUAUCUCUUCCAGUUUAAGUUAACUGAUAUUCCUUAAUUAUGCAUUGGCAUGUGGUGGUCCCUGUUCUCAAUAGGGCACACACAUCUUGCUCUCUCUUGGGUUUAACCUGAGUCUCCUGAACCUGCUAUUCCUUAUCAUCCCUUAUCAUUCUUAGUUUGGUUGUCCCACCUAUAUUUUCUGCCUGGUUACUCGUCAGUCAGCCUUUCAUUAAACCAAUUUGUGUGACAAAUCUUUACAGUGUGCAAGACAAUUAUUCCACAACAUUUCUCCCCUUUGUCCAAUUAAAAAGUAAGUUUUGAUGAUACAAAAUUGACUUUAUUAUUCUGUUACGAGAAAUAAUCAGAAAUAGAAAUCACCCCUCUAUAUAACACAUAGUAGGUUCCAUAUGGGUCUGCCAGGCGCUCUAGUACAAGAUAGUGAUGAAAUUGAUUUAUUUGGUCAAAUGUGGUAGAACCCUUAGAGUUUAAAAAAAAAAAAAAAAAAAACCAACAAAACAGCAUGUCAAUAGCAAGAGUUUGAAAAAAGAUUUUUCUAUCACUUGGCAACAUUGGCAACAAUACAAAGAAAGUAUAACGGAAUGCCCUACUUGUUCUUUAUACAGCCAAAAUCCAGUACCUGAAGGAAGUAAUCCAAGAGUACUCAAUGAAAUGAACUUUGACCACUGGAUAUGUUUCAUUUUGCAGAAUUUGGAAAGUUAAAAUGUGUCCACCAUAUCAUAGGUACAUAUUCAGGAUUUCAGUGGGCCACUGCUUUGAGUUCUGAAAAAGAUGAUUCUAUAGUCACAGAUUUGCUAGAAGUUAUGGCCCUUAUGUUUUUGUACUCUGGAUGUACCCAACGAAUUAUGGUCCUUUAACUACUAUGGCAUUUUCUGCCUGUUACAUUUAAAAUGUUUUCUAUAGUGAACCAUGUUUUCUAUAGUGAACCAUGACCAUGCCUAGGCACGACCUUUGGAGUCUCUAAAAGGAAGAUGGGGCUCCAAAACAAUUCUACCUGGAUUGUGGUAAUGCCGCCAAACUGACAGAUACCAUCCAAAGAUUGACUUUGGAUUACAAAUGGCUCAGACAGUUUCAACAUGGCUAGCUGAGAACCCAGCCUCACAGACUACCCUAGCUAGGACUUGAGAUAAGCCCUACAUGUUUCCAUUAUGCAGAGACUGAACCACAAAUGAUUCAGCUACCUCUUCCAGGACUUGGUAAUUAUUUCGAUGUUUUUUUCAGGGUCCCCUAAAGAUGCCAGACAGUAGGAAGUAAUUUUAAGAACAUGCAACCCACAUUCCCAAGUAGUGGGACGAUGGUUUUUGGUCAGUGGGCUAUGGAUAUUUGUAAUUGUUUAAGGGAUAUGGUUACAAGUUGUGGUAAAAUGGUCAGGAAAAAACUGAACAGAGGAGGUUAGAUUCAGGGUUUUUGUUCUAAAAAGAAAAAGGGAGGAUAUAGAAAUAUGAGGAUAAAGGGUACAUUAUGGAAUCUACUCUGAAAAAAGGGGAUAUAGCUGUAAUAGGAUAAUAGAGAAUUUAAUCUACUUUUAAACCAAAAAAAGCAACUACUAGUCAUAAGUUUUUUUACAUAUUAUUACAUUUUUGUAUAUUGAUAACAAAUUUGAGGUUAUUUUUGUUAGAACAUACUAUUUAUACAUAUCACUCUGGUUUAAGAUAUUGUACCUAUACUGUUCAUUUAACAAUGUAAUACAAAAUUCUAGUCUUGUAAAGUCAUUAUUAUAACUAUGAUAAUAAAGUAAUGCAGUAAAUAGUCACCUAUUACAAUGGAACUUGUAUUCAUCUUAGGUUGUUUUCAGGAUCAAUCAAUUAUAUUUUAGAUAGGUGGUCUUCAAACACUUCAGAGAUCUGCAGAAUAUGGUAUUUAUGAUGUUUUAAUAACAUAGCCUGACAGCACCAAUGUACUUCAGAAAAGAUGAGCAUUGAGGAUACUCCAUAUGGAGUUUACUCUCUUUGUGGUAAAAGUUAGCCAAGGGUGAAGAAACUGCCUUUGUGUCAACUGCUGACAGUUAUGUCCAAAUUGGACAGGCAGGACACAGAAGAAAUCAACUGUUCAACUUUGUGAAGACAAAGUAGAACAGCCCUUCAGAAUAAUCCUGAUCCACAGAAAAGUAUGUUAGAUAUGCUAGGCUUAUAGGCCGAAGAUAAAUGCUCCAACGUUAUAAAGGAACCUUGUGUGACUGUCCAGGCAGCCUGCUGUUUUUGUCAUUUCUCACAGGUUUUAGAAGUUGCUUGCUUGCACUUGCUGUUUACUCAGGUAAUAUUUCCUUUGAGGGUCUCUGAUGGAGUUGAAGACUAGAAACAAAGGAAUGUAAGAUGU